GCGUGAAAAACGAGCGCUUCACUUGCGUAGCGUAUGACGUUGCAGACGACUGAUGGCGGACGGUUUGGCUAAACUUACUGCUACAUACAGAAUAAUAUAACGGAAACAGGGACGUUGUCAGAUAAUGUCUUCACCACCACAAGCAGAAGAAAAUGAUGAGGUGGAAGAAGAUGUGGAGUUUGUAUCAGUAAGUCCUGAGGGCCCUCUCAGGCCAGUGUCUGAACUUAUCGAUUUGCUGAGUGAUAGUGAGGAAGAGGGGUGUUCAUCGUCAGCAAAUGUGCUUGAAGAUGAAAUCAUUCGUCGUAAAAGGCAUGUUACAUCUACGCUGGACAGACUAGCGCACCAGGUCGCCCAAGAGAAGCAAGAACGGGCAGACAAAUGCAGAGCAUUCCAGGAGAAGCAAAUCUCACAGAAAGCCCAUGGACUGCAGGAACUGGCAGUUACUUCUACAAAUGGAAUUAAUCACGAAGCAAAGCGUUGUGUCGACAUGUGGUUGAAAAUGCCAGGUCUUCAACCUGGAGUGAUCAGUGCUGGUUCUGGAAGGAGGCGAAGACCUGCUAUUCUACCCAGAAAUAGUUUGACUAAACACACAUGUCCAGUGAUUAAUUGUGAUCGAGUUUAUGACAAUCCAUCUCUCCUGGAUGGUCACCUAAAAAGGUUUGAUCACUCCCCUUGUGACCCAACCAUCAGUCUUAAAGGAAUUCCCUCUGAGAUCUUUGCUUGUGUCACCUGUGGUCAACAUUUUCAGACAAAAGCUGCAUGGAAGAAACACCUUGACUCAAAGGUGUCUUCAUCUCAUGCUGAGGGUCACAGCAUGAGUCAGACAUAUCAGCUGAUUGUCUGUUUUGCCUGUCCUGCCUGCUACCUUUUCUUCAACCUCCGAGAUGAAUGUCUUCAACACAUGUCAGCCAAAAAUCACUUCACUGAGGGGCUUGCCAUGAACGAACUCUCUGAAAGAGCACUUCCAGUUCCUGUUCCAUGGUAUGCCAAGAAUCGGCUCAUUGCUUUGUGCAAAGAUGUAACUUUUAGUGUGCGAUGCUCUCUGUGUAGUAAAGUGCUGUGCUCACAUCAGGCUGCUCAAGCACACUUCAACGUGUACUGCAGACAAGGCUGUGCCUACGCAGAGGCUGAGAAAACAGUAGUGCAGGUAAUGAAACGGUUGCAGGUGCGAGGGCAGUGCGCCUUGUGCUGCGUAAUUUUCCUCAGCCAGGCUGAAAUCGAGAGACACAAAGAAAUGACAGGUCACGAUGUGGAGAUCAACCACACAAUGGAGAAAGCACUUCUUCACUACUGCAAUUUUAGUGAAAUUCAACCCACCCAGAGGGCUGAAAAGGCACCUGACAAGAAACUGUCUACUGGCCUCGAUGUGGUUUUUCAAAAAAGUAAAGGGAAGAGAAGUGGGUCUGAAGAUUUUCCAGCAAAAAGGCAGAGACUGAGUCCACUGCCGUUGAGCAGAAAGGCAAACUCACUUGCAUGGUGCUGUGAAUGUGGUUUGAAGUUUUCAGAGGAAGCCACAGCUAAGAAGCACCUCUUAGCUGUGAACCAGAUUUUCCAUCAGUGCGGCGUCUGUGGCAAACACAUGGGCGAAUCUUCAGUUGCUCGCCUACAUAUGAGUCGCUUUCACGGGGGCGCGCAUCUUUCCAACAUCCUCUACCACUGCCGCAAGUGCAAAGUGGAGAUGCCUCGCUACCAGGACAUUCUAUCGCACGUGUCCGACACUCACAGUGGACACAGCUAUUUUAGUGAAGAAGAAGUGCCUUACGAACCCGACACACUUGCCGACAUCAAGCCGUCCACAAGCAGCAAACAACCUCUGCGGGUCUCAGAGGCAUCUAGUUCAAAACUACAGCAGACUUGGAUGUGCCGGAUGUGUGAGGACAUCUUUGACUCGGAGGCAGUGGUCCAGAGACACUGCAGCGAUGUGACCAGUCACAGCUUUCAGAGGUUUGUCUGUGGACACUGCCGCCAGAGGUUCUUCAAAGAGUCCACUGUACGUAGGCACUGUGUGAGCGAGCACGGCGGCCAGAUAAAGAGCUCUCACUUCUGCGGCCUGUGCGACAGCAUGCAGUUCGACUCUGAAGACGAGUUCUUGGAGCACUACAAGAGUCUUCAUAGCAAGGACUACUACUGCAUGGAUGAUGCAGAAAGCGAUCACCCUAUCGUGGCUGAAGGCACCAGUCAGCUUAGCUGUUUAUGCCCGUGCAUGGGUUUGGACAACAACAAAGAAAAGAUGAAGGCUACAUAUACACGUUGCAUGAAAAACCUGGCCAGACAAGGAAAAUGUCAGUAUGUGUGCACUCCUUGUAGUGUGUCAGUGCUGUCGUAUGCUGAGAUGAAGACUCACGUCCAUAUGAAACACACAGCCUUGAACCUAGAGAAGACGUUUGAUGUGGAAUGCAAAACUUGCCAGGAGAGUUUUACGGGAGUACCAACUUUCCAUAAACACUACCACUCCAGGCACUGUCUGCUGGAACCCUGUCUGAGCUCAAGGCCAGGAAAAAACGAAGUUAAAACAGAACCCACUGCCGUCAUCUUCGAUGAAGCUGUGGAGAUCAGACCAGACACUGACGAGAUUGAAGAUGACACACUGUUGACGUUUUUGAAUAUGGAGAACACCAAGCGACAACAUGGAGUCCAGAAUGAUUCAGAUGAUGAGUUAAAACGAGCACUGACACUGAGUACAGAAGAUGCAAGAGAGUCAGCAGAAUUGGAAGAAGCUCUCAAAAGAAGCCUUUUGGAAUACUAAAGCUGCAACAAGACAUUUCUGUAGCUGCGUUCAUCUGAUAUUUAUAUUGAGGUGUCUCUUACAUUGUAUUUGUGUUCAGAGUAUGUAAUAAAUACUUUUCUGUUUUUC